AAUAAAUGCUAAAAUUAAAAUUGCAACUCGAGCAUUCCGAGUAAUCACUAUCCAAGAUACCGCAAUUAUGCAAAGAGAAUUAAUGACUGAAUAAGUGCAAUGCCGAAUGAAGCUCGCGCGCACGUGCGCUCUUAUCUCUCGCGUGCAAUGACUAAACCAUCCAGGCAGAAGCUCUCGACUAUCGGGAUCGGGAUGCAGAGGAUAAAUAUUUGAUGAAUCUCAUUCGUAACAGCUGAAAUAGUUGCUCUUCUUUGUGACUCACACCACCAGCGAAGUUAUCACACCGAUGACCCACAAUAAAGCCACGUUAUCAACUUAAAAGUAUAACUCUGAAACUGCAUUAAACGAAUAAACUGCAAAAGAAAAACGUACCUUCCAACAGUGCAAAAAGCCGCGCUACAGCUCUCGCGCUCGCGCAAGGGUGGAGCUUAAAACAUAAGGGUGGAUACCUUUCCCGUUUUUACGCGCUCUUUCCUCUCUCCCUGAAACUGCGUCCUGCAGCAGCGCCAGCCCCGUGCACACACACACACACACAGCCUUCUAUCCCCGAGAAGGGAGAGAGACUGAGUGAGAGAGAGAGGCGCUUUGACAGUCGUCGAAACCGAGGCGAGUCGCACGGAGCGCUCGCAGCAGACCGUCAGUCUCACAGCGAACGCCCACGCGCGCGGGUCUCGGGGAUGCGAUACACUAGACACGAGUCGCUUACACUAAACGCAGUGUUAUUUAAAAAUAAGUCCACCCGAGUGUGCGGCCAACGAUAAUUCGUAGUUAUACGAUCCAGAGAGAGGUAGAGAGAGAGAGAGAGAGAAAGAGAGAGAGAGAGAGAGAGGGAUAGUGCAGUGCAGUAAUCGCAGAGGGUCAUCAGAUGAAUGCCUGUAAUUACCGGACAGCGGAGAUGCCGACGACGAUGCUGCACCACCACCAACGCCAGAGCCAGAUGCUCAAGCUGGAAAAGAUGGCCGCGGGGGUCAAGAGGUACCGGGCCGUCGACGAGUCCUGCGCCGAGUCCAGCUGGAAGCGCAGGAAAGAGUGCUCGCUUACGGACACGCUGGACCUAAGCUCGCCCGAGCUGCAGCACCAGCAGCUGCAACAGCAGCAGCCCCAGCUGCAGCAGUUUCGUUGUCGCGCCAAGAGUACGUCGGUGCCCCAGGAGUUUCGCUUCAACAACAACAACAACGCACAGCACCCGAACAACAACACCAACACUACGAUCGCUCUGGCAAGCGGUACAGCAACGCCGGCUGGUUCCCAGGAGGUAGGGAUGAAGGCGAAGAGCCGAGACGCGGCCAAGAACCGCAGGGAGAAGGAGAACCAGGAGUUUGGCGAGCUCGCGAAGCUCCUGCCACUGCCUGCAGCAAUCACGUCUCAACUCGACAAGGCCAGCGUCAUCAGGCUCACGACCAGCUACCUCAAGCUCAGGAAUCUGUUCCCCGACGGUCUGGGAGAUGCCUGGGGUGCGGCGCCACCACUGAACCAUCCUGGAGAGGCGACGAUCAAAGAGUUAGGAUCGCAUUUGUUGCAGACGCUUGACGGAUUCAUCUUCGUCGUGGCGCCUGACGGAAAAAUCAUGUACAUCAGCGAGACGGCCAGCGUGCACCUAGGACUGUCCCAGGUCGAACUGACGGGCAACAGCAUCUACGAGUACAUCCACCAGUACGACCACGAGGAGAUGGCUUCGGUCCUGAGCGGCUCGUGUCUGCCCAGCGGCUCCCUUCCACAGCCCAAUGCCCAGGGCGACAUCGAGAUCGAGCGCGCAUUUUUCCUCAGGAUGAAGUGCGUCCUGGCCAAGAGAAACGCCGGGCUUACGUCCGCUGGAUUCAAGGUGAUACACUGUUCCGGCUACCUGAAGUUGAAGCACGUGGCAGUACCGGGUGGCCCGGAGUACGACGAAUCCGGAGGCGGCGGCACAGCACCGGUAGGUGGCUACGAGUUGCACAACGUCGGCCUCGUAGCCGUCGGACACUCUUUACCACCCAGUGCCAACACGGAAAUCAAGCUGCACCACAACAUGUUUAUGUUCCGGGCGUCGCUCGACUUCAAGCUCGUCUUCCUCGACGCUAACGUUCCGCAGUUGACUGGCUACGAAUCUCAGGAACUCGUCGACAAGACCCUCUACCACUACGUCCACGUGAGCGACGCGGUGCACCUUCAGCAGGCCCAUCAAAUUCUGCUGUGCAAGGGUCAGGUGACGACGCGCUACUACAGGUUCCUGACGCGCACGGGUGGCUGGGUCUGGAUGCAGUCGUACGCGACGAUAGUCCACAACUCGCGCAGCUCACGACCGCACUGCAUCGUCUCGGUCAACUACGUCCUCUCGCAGAUCGAAGGCAAGGACCUGGUGCUCAGCUCGGAUCAGAAGGCGUCGGCUGCGUGUCCGGGUAAUCCACCCAGUACACCGAUGCCAAAGACGCCUCUGCCUUCCGUCGCCAGCAACGCCAGCAAUGCCGAAAUGCCGGAACCUAAGGCGCAGACACCGGCGCAACAGCACAACAGCCCGACGUCACCGUACCGGACCAGGACAUUGACCGAGACGACCGCUGACUCCGAGUUUACCGACAGCUCGGGCUACGUCAGCUCCGAGUACGUGCCAAAUCAUCCGCUGGCGUACAGCAUGCCGCCUACACCGUUUGGCGCGCAAGGGACACCGGCUCCUCACGAGGACGGUGCUUACUACUUCCCAGAUCUCAUGUAUCAGUAUGGAGGAAACCCUCACGAGCACCUAACGGCUGUCCAACAGCAGCAGCCUCAGCAACAGCAUCCGCAGCUGAUGCACCACGUACCGAGUCCCAUGGCCACGAUGCAACACAGUCCACAGAAUCAACAGCAGCAGCGAAGGCCGUACUCGGCGUCCUCGAGCUCGUGCGGAAGCACGGACGCCUCGGACACCCACCUGUCCAGUCCGCUCAACGCCAAUCACAUUAUCGAAGCCCCGCGAAGCGUCAACAGCUUCUCGCCCUAUCAACAGCACCCCACGCAUCAACAGACGCCGCAGCAGCACCAUCUUUUGGACCAGUCACCACCGAGCGUGGCCAGUAUCGACGCCAGCGCCGCCAUGUUCUCCAACUGCAGUUUUAACAACUUCCUCAACGGCUACAACAACGCCGCUAACCCGGUGAUACCUGGACACCACGAGCAGGCCUACCCCGGCAUGCACGAGAACGCCAGGCAUCACCAUCACCAUCUGCACGUGGACGGCGGCGUCGAACACCUGGACAUCCCGCUCUAUACCAACAGUCAGCAGUACAGUCCCAACUCCGUCCAGCCGCAUCAUCAGUUCGUCCACUGACAGCAGGCCUCCGGUACCUGCUACGAUGUCGUCGAGACGCCUCAGGCAGUCGACAUCACCGACGAGCGGGUGCUCAAGAGACUCAGGGUUUUCUGAAUAAUCAUCGCGACGACUCGAGUGCGCUGUUAUUCACAGGACACACGAGAGUUGACUCCGUGCGAAUUUUUAGGUUAGGGUAUGAAGCUGCGAGGGGAGAUUCAAUUGUGAUUAGCAAAAACAAGUACUAGCCUAAGCGAGCGAGGUGUAGCGUAUCUAUUUAAAUAGUCUAAAAGUCCAUUGAUUUAAUCCGUAGCGAGUCGAUUUGCGAUGGCUCUCGAGUCUUUUAGUGCGCUGUGAUAAUCAGCUGAUCGCAAUUGCGAGCGUCAUUUUGAAUGUUGGGAUUGGAGCGCCGUGAUUGUACAUGUACAUUAUAUAUCGAUUUGUAUUUAUAUAAAUCGAGAUUGCAAGUUCUAGGAACCAUAGUAAUUUCGAACCGACGGGGCAAAACGAUAUUUGUAAAAAAUCGGCCGAUCGCGCUGGUCGUGAGAGUCGAGGAGCUGUGAAAGACGAAAAAAUUUAACUAGCUCGAAAAUUCAUCGGCAAACGAGCGAAAUAAAUUUCGAAAUUGUCGUUGUGGUUUUAUUCUUAAAAAUUCAAUAAAAAUUGUACGAACAAGCUCUAAUAUACGCGCGCGUUUGUAUAUUCAGCGGUGAUUUUUAUCGUCGACAAUGUUCAACGACGUCGCGACGGUUAUGUAAAUAGUUAUCUGGAAUCCAGCAAGAAAGCGCGAAAAGUAUGUCACUAGUUGCUAGUUAUUUUUUAAUGUAAAUAGACGAGUUUGAUCGGUUGUAGAUUGAUCUUUAGAUAAUUACUUAGUAAUAACUUGUAAAUAUUUUAUAUAAACCCAAAGACUGACCGGUGCUUAUGCCAACCGACCAAAGAAGCGACCUUUUAUUAACAUGUUACAAUAUCAUUAGUAAGUUUUCACCUGCUCUCAUUUAAAGUAAACAAAAGAGAAAUAAAACAGUACACGCCACGUAGUUGAAGAGUUCUAAAUGUUGUAAAUAUAGGAUCUCAAACUGUAGCAUAAUAAUUUUAAAGGAAACACGAUCUUCGAGGCUCGAAUUGGGUUUGUUUAAUUUUUAUUACAUCUUAAUAAUCACUUAAAAUUAAUCUUUAAAGGCGAUUUGAUUUUCUCUCAAUUUAUGGGCUACGUUAUUCAUAGUUAUUAAAAAAAUUUAAUCGUAUAAUUCGGUAUAAUUAUGUAAGAUUACUUUAAUGAGUUCUUUGGUUUAAAUUACACUUAGAAUUAUCGUUUUCUCUAAACCCGGCUCAGAUGAAGAAAUUACUUUUUUUUAUUUGAAAAAAAGUUGUCAAUUCUGUUGUAGUACAUUAUUACGCACCACCAAUUCGACAGUACUUAUACGAUGGCAUACUUAAUAUACAUAAUGUAUUUAUACAUUCUAUACAUACAGGAUUAUUAUUUAUAUUUAAUGUAAAGUACAAGUGUGACAUUUAUAUAGCGAAGUUGAAGUAACCUAUGAUACAAUAGGCCGACGUUAUCCAAGUCCUGUAAAUAUUGUAAAAGUACAUAAAAUUUGCGCAGUACGGUGCCUAUACGCCGAAAAUAUAUCAUAUUUUCCUCUGAA